AUGGAUCCAUCUCGGCGCUCCGGUGCAUGCCGCGUUUGCUUCUGCACAUUUCUGGUAGUGCUCUUCGGCAGGCUGUGCCACUCCUUGAGCUUGUGCUGGGUUGGUACCACUCGACUUGCCGCCCAACUGCCACUUGGUGGCUUGCUGCACAUUCGCUCUAGCCAAAGUUCCAUUUCAAAGGACACUCAGACAGCCCACAAAGAGACGGUAGCAUUGGCUGCAAAGCGCUCAUCGACUGCGAGCAUCGUCGGAUCCCAGGAUCUGAACUUAUACGGUCAAGAGCUCAAGCCUUGCUCCCAGGAGGGGGACACAACUACGGGCUGGACUCGCACUGGGUUUUGUGCAUGGGAACCGUCGGACAGCGGAUAUCACCAAGUGUGUGUCACCAUGAGCCAACAGUUCCUGCAAUCCAGUACGAAAUAUGACGCGAAUGACUUGUCUACUGUGGUGACGGAUGGCGGUCACUGGUGCGUCUGUGCCUGGGCUUGGGCGGCCGCAGUGUCUCGUGACCCUGAGCGCUUCGAGAAUCUGAAGCUGGAUUGUGCUAGGACCAAUGCCUACCUUCGAGACGUGUACCAGAGCUAUUCUGCCUCUGGCCAGGGCCUAACAUCACCAUCAGGCGUGCAGUAUGAGGCACAGGCAGCUUUGGAGGCAGUCGAUCGACUCUGCAAAGCAUGA